GAUUUGCUCCUUUUUCAGGUUUGUCUUUUAUUUUUUCCAAGAAAAUAGGGUCACUGUACCUAUAACAGAUAUUGUAUUAUCAGAUCUUGCGUAGUUGUAGUGUCUCUGAUGAUUAUCUGGUCUCUGGAGAAAUUAUGUGGCUGAAAAAGGAAGUUCUCUGCCUGUGCUCUUUUGUUCUGCUCUUUCUGGGAUGAAUUUGUUUUAGGAAUCAAAGCUGAUAAGGGAAAGGGAGUGCCAGGAAAAGCAGAGCUGAUAGAGACACAAACUUUGGAAUGAAGAAGUUUGGCUGGCAGAUAUAAUAACUGCAAGACAAAGCUUGCAACUGGGAAUUAAAUUGCUUCUUGGCAGGCACAAAUGGAGAUUGAUGUGAUGUUAUCAUUCUGGGAGGCAUGGAGCUACAGGGGAUAUUCUUUGAGGUUGGGUACAGCAUUUAAAAGAGAUUUGGGAGCUACCAACAAUUUCUAAAACUGACCAAGAAUGUCCAGAAUCAAAUGUGUGUAAAGGCUUUGCAUACACACUGGAUAGAAAGGUUGGGCUCACAAGGAAAUAAUAGAAAGGUUUCUGGAGAAAUAUGGCUAUUUUGAGUCUGCGCACCAAGGACCAGACCCAGCAGGAUUCUCAGAUGCCAUAAAGGAAUUUCAGUGGAUCUCUCACCUGCCCCUCAGUGGCACCCUGGAUACUGUCACUCUCCGUCACAUGAGUCUCCCUCGCUGUGGCGUCAACGAUGCAGAGAGCCACACAGCAUGGAAGGAGCGCAUGGAUGCCCUGUUCUCAGGAGGGAAAGCCAGGAAGAGGCGCAGGAAACGAUACUUGCAUCAAAGUGGCAAGUGGUACAAACGACACUUGACUUACCGCCUAAUCAACUGGCCUUGGUACCUGCCACAGCAGCAGGUCCGCCUGGCAGUGAAAGCAGCUUUUGAGCUCUGGAGCAACGUCUCUUCCUUGAUUUUUUGGGAAGUGGUUGAAGAGCCUGCGGACAUUCGCCUGACAUUCUUCCAUGGGGAUCACAACGAUGGAGUUGAGAAUGCCUUUGAUGGUCCAGGGGGUGCUCUGGCACAUGCCUUCUUCCCACGCCGUGGCGAGGCCCAUUUUGACAAUGAUGAGAGGUGGUCACUGGACAGUGGGAAAGGCCGCAACCUCUUUGUGGUGAUGGCACAUGAAAUUGGUCAUACACUGGGCCUAGAACACUCCCCUGUGCCCAGUGCUCUCAUGUCACCCUACUACAAGAAGCUGGGCAAGGGUUUUGUCCUGAACUGGGAUGAUGUUCUUGCCAUCCAGAAUUUAUACGGAAAACCAUCCCAAGGCCCAGUGGUCCAGCUUCCAGGAAAGUCAUUUGCUCAUUUCCAGGACAGUAAGCAGUACCUUGAAAGCAGGGAGCAGAAUCAAGAGGCAAAUUUCAACUUCCAUUACUGCUUGUCAUUUUUUGAUGCCUUAACUGUAGAUAUGGAAGACAAUCUGUACAUCUUUAAAGGCAAGUAUUACUGGAUUAUAUCCAAAGGAGACCCCGCUGCUGGUCCAUACCUUCUCCAAGCCAAAUGGCCAGGCCUUCCUUCUGCCAUUGACGCCUCAGCCUUCUCAGAGAAAGAUGGGAAAUUCUACUUUUUUAAAGGUGGCCGAUGCUGGCGCUAUAAAGGAUCUUCCCUAGAAGUAGGCUUUCCCCAGAAGUGCAGCCUUACUGGUGACCUCCCGCGCCACCCUGACACUGCCCUGUUCUUCCAGCCACUCCAUCAGCUGGUGCUUUUCAAAGGCCCUAAGUACUAUGUAGUCAACGAGGAGACUCUCCAAGUGGAACCUUAUUAUCCCCGAAGCUUGAAAGAUUGGGGAGGAAUUCCAGCUCUAGCUAGUGGUGCUGUCACACAUCAGGAUGGCUUUGUCUACUUCUUUCGAAAUGACCAGUUCUGGAAAUUCAACCCAGAGAAGCUAGAAGUGGUGGAAACUGGAAAAUGGGCCAUUCAGUUGGGGUGGCUAGGCUGUCAGGAUGUCAGCCUAAAUCAGGCUGGGUCCUGAUCUUUCUGUGGAACUCUGGAUUUGCCACUCAUUUUUCUAGUAAAAUCUCCAGAAGGCUAGAACUUCUUGAACAAUUUAUCCUGUGUUCAGCAAUGUUCAAGUUUGCUUUUAAUCUGGUCCCAAGGAGAUUACAAAACCCAAAAGUAGUACGGAAGGCCUAAGCCAAAGUUGCAUUUUCUGGAAGAAAAACUCAGACCCUCAGGAAGCAAAACAAUUUUAUGUGAGGAACCAUCAGUCAAGAUUUGCACCAUAAAUGUUGAGUGUUAAAACAUUGUGAAGUGGGUGAGUCACACUGGUUCUUGAUUUGCGCUGAUCCGAAACCACUAAACUGAUGUCCCUUCUAGUCAGUCAGAGGCAUUCUAGAAAGAAGGACAGAAGGAAAGCAUUAUUCUCCACUGGCAAUUGGCUACACAUUCAUAUAGAAACCAGUCUUCUUCUUACAACUACCAGUUUAACUUGGAGCCUUCGGUAUUAUUGUCUGUCUUUGUCAUCCAGAAAUGACUGCCAUGGGGAAUGCAAAACCAGAGGCUCUUCUUCAGCCGUAGAAUUUUCCUCCACAAUUGACCCUUAAAUGUUGUUUUUGUUGUUAGUUGCCAUUGAGUCAUUUACGACUCAUGGCGACCCUGUGUAUAACAGAA